UCCUGGGAUUCCAAACAAGAGGCACCGAGAUCUCCACACGCCGUGUGGCUGGUCCUGAGCUUCUGGGCGGAGUUCGCUUCUCACUAUGCCUCCUACUCGAGACCCCAUUCAAAGCCCUAAGUUCGAGAAUGAAGAAACCUACGUGGGCAAAAGGGACUGCCAGAAAGCCCCCUACACCAGCCCAAGCCAUAUUGUCCAGCAGCAGGAUCCAUGGAACCGACUCCAUUCAACUACCACUAUUGCCAGUAUCAGGAGGGAUGUAUAUUUCUAUGACCCAGAGAUCCCUUUGGAUGACUUGGAUUUCCGAAUAACAUCCUUGUACAAUCACCAUACUGGAUUGUUUCAGGACAAGGCACAGGUGUUAGUCCAUCAGGAGACUGUCAAUGAUACUCAUGGAGUCGUCAAACUACAGUACCCAGAUGAGAUUCUGCCUCCUUGUCCCCUACCUCCCAUCACUACGCGAGCAAUGAUGAGACACUGGGUCAGUCCCAAAAAGGAGUCAAUCCACAGUGUCCAAGGGACCAUAGUGGCCCCUCACACUGCAGCCACCAAUGGCGGCUACUCUCGCAAGAACGAUGGUGGCUUCUUCUCUACCUAGUCUUACUAUUGCCCACAUGAAUAACUUAAGCAACCCUUUCUCACAUCCAUUAAAUAAAUUUAUAAUUAAAUGAAA